CGAAAACGCGAUUGAGUUUGGGUACCGCCGCUGCCCGUAGCCGGCGUCUCCAACAUGGCGGCUCCCCAAGAUGUCCACGUCCGAAUCUGUAACCAAGAGAUUGUCAAAUUCGACCUGGAGGUGAAGGCACUUAUCCAGGAUAUUCGAAACUGUUCAGGACCCUUAAGCACACUUACAGAACUGAAUACUAAUGUGAAAGAGAAGUUUCAACAGUUACGACACAGAAUACAGGAGCUUGAGCAGUUGGCUAAGGAGCAAGACAAAGAGUCAGAGAAAUACCUUCUACUCCAGGAAGUGGAAAAUCACAAAAAGCAGAUGCUCAGCAACCAGACCUCAUGGAGGAAAGCCAAUCUCACUUGCAAAAUUGCAAUUGACAAUCUAGAGAAAGCAGAGCUUCUCCAGGGAGGAGACCCCUUACGGCAAAGGAAAACUACCAAAGAAAGCCUGGCCCAGACGUCCAGCGCGAUCACAGAGAGCCUUAUGGGGAUCAGCAGGAUGAUGUCGCAGCAGGUCCAGCAGAGUGAGGAGGCUAUGCAGACUCUAGUCAACUCUUCACGAACUAUCCUGGAUGCAAAUGAAGAAUUUAAGUCCAUGUCGGGUACCAUCCAGCUGGGCCGGAAGCUGAUCACAAAGUACAACCGCCGAGAACUGACGGACAAGCUUCUUAUCUUUCUCGCCCUGGCCCUUUUUCUUGCUACUGUCCUCUAUAUUGUGAAAAAGCGCCUCUUUCCAUUUUUGUAAGAUCUGAGAGCUGCCACCUUUGGCCUCAUCACUCUUGUUUUCCAAUGCAUCCAGGGUCAAAGCUCUAGCUAGGCUGCCAAACUGAGCCACAUCCUCCACGUAUGCUCUAGCUGGUCAGCAGGUCAGAUGGGAGAAGACAGCUCCUCUGUUUUCUGAAAGUGUAUGCCUUGCAAAAUGCAAGCAGAGCAGUGGGAGAUGAGGACCCCUACAGGACACGGUCAACUUGCCCAGCCGUCGGGCACUGUGGGUGACUGCUGCUUGGAGCACUUGGAGUCCAGCCCCUGAGAUUUGUUGCUCCUCUCUCCCUCACACAGAGGCUUAAGGGCCAGAUGUGGUAGAGGGGAGAGCAAAGAGGUGGGAAGAAGGAAGAGCUCCUGGUCAUUCCUUGAAAACUUGACUCUAUUUAGUAGAAUGAAAGAUGUUGAGUUUCACAAGAUUCUGCUCUGGAAAAUUAUGUGCCUCUUUUCUGAUUUCAAGGACACAAGCUUAGAUAUUAUUCAUUCACUGAACAAAGAAUUAAGCAGAUGCCACAUGCCAUGUGUCCUAGAUACUGCUGAACAUCACACAUAUACCACUAAACUGGACAUUGUUCCUUUGUCAAGCAGCAACAGGAAUAAGACCUCGCAGCUAUUAGGAAGGGCAGUGCAAAUGGCCUUCUGUUGGAGGUGGCUCAUCCCAACUUCUGAAAAUGCCAAGGUAGAGGUCUCAUCCUCUGUUACACAGUACCCUAGUGGCUCCCGAGUGUGUAGUAACUAAAGCACCUUUUUCCCUGAGGAUCAGACUGUGUAUAAUCAAAGGGAGAGAAGCCAAUGAAAAGCUGAGGCCCAUGUGGGCCCGAGUUCUAUCAAGGCCAGCCUCCCCCACCCACUUACAGCCCCAGAGGACCUGGCAGGGUUAUGUGGGAAAGUGGAAGGAAUGAGGACUUGAAGGCUUGACUUGGUUUUGAGUUCAGCUAUACUGUUAAACCAUAUGGCCACGAGCAAGUUACCUUCUGUCACAGCCUGAAUUUCCCCAUCUGUACAGUGGGGGUGAUAGUCUACAUAGACCCUUAUAGAGUCAAUUUGAAAGUUAAAGAGAAUAUAAGUACCAGGUGUAGUAUCCUUACGACUGGGUCUGUGGUAGGCUUCCUAAAGGCUGUCACCUCAAAGGCUCUAGGCAGAGGUAUCCUAUAGCAGUCAGCCCAGGGACUUCUGGCCAGGCAGAGGCAGGGUAUUUUUGGUGUGUGGGGGAGUUGUAGAAGUGGGGAUUAAAUAUGGGGCCUUUGCAUUGAGCCACAUCCCCAGCAGUUUAUUUUUUUGUGUUUUGGUACAGGGUCUUUGCUGUGUAGUUCAAGCUGUCCUUGAACUCACUAUGUAUCCCAGGGUGGCCUUGAACUUGCAGUCCUCCUGCCUCAGCCUCCUAAGUGCUUGGAUUAUCAGCAUGUACCACUGUAACAGGCAGGCAGAGGCAGUUCUAUUUAGAUCUGUCUGAGCAGAAAGUGUCAAGUUAAUGCCUCUGUUAUGAAGGGAUGCAUCAUUCUGGGACCAAGUUAUAAGAGAGAUUGGCUAUGUACCUUAGACCAGCUUAAUGAAGAGGUUCUGAGAUAAAGUUUAUUUCUAUCACAGUAUUCAACACAGUAGUCCACCUUCAUCUUCAGUGAUUAUGUUUGAAGGCCCCAGUAGAUGCCUGAAAUCUUAUGUAAUACCAGGCCAUAUAUACAAGCACCUCAAUACUACAAUAGUUGAUCUGAUAAUUGAGAAGGCUGCUAAGGGACUAAUGGGUUGGUAGCAUAUAGAGCAUGGAUACACUGGACAAAAGGAUCAUUCACCUGCUGGGAGGGAUGGAACAGAAUUUCUUCAUACUACUUGGGUAUGUGAUUUAAAACUUAAUAACUGUUCAUUGCUGGAAUUUUUCCAUUUAAUAUUUUUUGACUAGUUGACCAUGGGAAACUGAAACUGGAAAGUAAAACUGCAGAUAAGGGGAGACCACAGAACAUCUCUCUCUCUCUCUCUCUCUCCCCCUCUCUCUCUACACACACACACACACCCACACACACACCCACACACACACCCCCCAUCCUUAAAUAAUUCCUGGCCCCAAAAGACACUCAGCAGAAAUUAUACACACAUGUGUCUUAUUUAUAGUCAAAUUAAAGCUUAGAAUAAGACACAGAUGGGAAAUUCCCACUCAGAUACUCAGAUUCCAGCUGUAAGUGCAGCAGAUGGAUGUUAUCAAGUCAGGAUUUUCUUGUCUUAACAUUUCUCUUUAGUACAUCCCGCUAAUUGUCAACAUCCUCCUCACAAUAUGGAAAUGUUUGGGCUCUGUACUCCCUAAAAAUUCUCCCUUUGACACUUUAUACCUCUUUUAUUUGCCUCCUGAAAAUAGAGUCAAAUUUGAUCCAUUUGGAAAUGUCAUCAAUAUAUUUUCCAACCCCCAUCAGCCACCAGGUUUAAGUCUUUCCUAACCAGGCUGGCUGUCCAGAAAGCAGCCCUUCCAUGUUCAACCAUGAGGGGGCAGUGUCCACAUUUGGUCUGUGGUUUUGCAGUAUGUCUGAUGGUCUCCAUCUGACCAUUUGAAAGACUGUUAUGGAUGCUUUUUUUUUUUUUUUGUACCGGGGAUCGAACUCGGGUCCUUGCACUUGUGCAGCAGGCAGCGAAACCACUGAGCUAAAUCCCCAGCCCGUGGAUGCUUUUUUUAAAUACACAGUUACGGAUUUUUUUAAAAAACCUAAAUAUAUGAAGUCUACAUAUGUGUUGGUUUUGGAGCAUGUUUCAUAAAUGACCUUAAUUCUCAUUGUUAAGCAGUAAGUCAAGCUCAUUAUGGUUACAUGCAAAGCUACAUUUUAGUUAGCUGACAGUCAAUUAAAAAUACAGAGCAGCCCUCGAGAGUAGUCACUGAAGAAAUAUUUGAGCCCCUACUGUGUGCCAGGCAUUUGUGUUGGUAAUACACAGUGGACAAAACAAAGAUGGAGCUUACUUAUGGUGUGUGGGGAAGGGAGAGCAGAUGAUAAACAAUUUAUAAACUAAAUAAGUCAUUAUGUAAGAAAAUACAGCCAUCCUUGAGUAUGCUUGGGUUCCACAUUUGUGAAUUCAACCAGCCUUGGGCGGAAAAUAUUUAAGAAGUAAUUGCAUGUGGCUAUCUUUUUCUUGUCAUUAUCUCCUAAGCACCAUGAUACAACAACUAUUUACAUAGUACAUAUAUUAUCUUGAAUAUUAUAAGCCAUCUAGAGAUGAUUUAAAGUGUACAGGAGAAUAUGCAUAGGUUCUGUCAAAUACUAUGUCGUUUCAUAUAGGAGACUUGAGUAUCUAUCCCCUGUGGCUACCAAAGGAUGACUGUAAGCACCGUGGAAAAGAUGGAGCAGGCUAUAGACACCUGCCACAUGGUUGUGUGGGAGGUUUGCAAUAUUAAGAAGAGCUGUUAGGGUUGGCCUCACUGGAGUGUGAUGUGAGCAGAGACUGAGGCAGAGUCAUGUGAACAGCUAAGGGAACAGAGUUCCACCAAGAGGGAACAGCAAGUGCAAAGGCCAAGUUAGGAGCAUUGGUGGUAAUGUGUGAGGAACAGUGAGGAUCCUCACCCUGCCAUGCUUCCCCUUGUGUGGGUCAGCACAGCAGCAGUUGACCCUCUGGACAUUGGUUUGUCUAGAAGCCUCCCUCCCCAGUGAUACCACACUCACUUGAUUUUCUUUUCGUUUCUAUCUCUCUCUCUUUUUUUUUGCCAGUACUGGGGAUUGAAUCCAGGGCCUUCCCACUAAAUGACAUCUCCAGCCCUUUUUAGUUGUUGAGACAUGCUAUCUCAGAGUUGCUAAGGUGCCAAAGCCGGACUCAAACUUACAAUUCUUGUCUCAGCCUCCCAGAGUCCUGUAACACUCAUUCUUUUCUUCUCCUCCUCCUCCUCCUUCGCCUCCGCCAUUCGGCCUUAAAUGGCAUCUUAGAUCUUGUUUCCCCUGCUGUCUCUUGCAUGCUCUUGUCCAUGUCCCUACAGCUUUAACCAUCACCUGUAGAGAUGUCAUUAAUAAUUUCUGAAUUUAGAGCAGCAGUGUUGACUCCUCAGGAAGCUGAGGACUCCUAGAUCAUCUGCAUGGCAGUGUCCCUGAGUCUUCUCAAACCUCACUUGGGCCUGAUUGCUCCCACCAGCCCCACAGCCUGGACCUCCUUGGGAUUCCCUGUGUUCCCAGAACACUUCUGCUUCCUGAGUUCUAUUGGGGCUCAGGACACACUACCCCAACAUGACUCUGUGGGAGCAAAAUAUACCACACCAAAGUAUACUCCUCGGGCAUAUUUUGAGCGGUCAUGCUGGGAAACCACAGACCCUGGAGUAACUCAGAAAAGCUGUCCUUUUGCACAAGACAUUUACAUCUCAAGUAAAUCUACAUUCACGGAUACCUUUAUGGGGAAGAGGGCUGAUGGAGACAACUCUGACUGAGAGAUUUUAUCUGCAUCAGAGCACAUUUAGUCACCACACACUUCCUUGCCCUCACAUGAUCCCCCAGAAGCCCCAAGCCCCUGCUCCUUAAUGUAGCUCAAUUCCCUGGCCCUUCUAGUCUUAAUUAUUUUGCAGUACGCUUGCAUGUGUAUUCAUAAUCAAGUAUGGUUGCUCUUCUGUUAGUCUGAUUUAUGUCUUUAACUCACAGCCCAGCCCAUCCAAAGACCUAGAAGGGUAAAGGGAAGCCUUGUUUUGCUCCACUGGCAUUCCUUUUCCCUUCCCUAAGCCCAUGGCCUGUUACCUUGUCCCUCAGAACCAGAAGAGGUUUCACUUUAUGCAGCAGACACAUGUCAACACUGUUCUGAAAAGAAGGUCUGGAUGCAGUCUUUGUGUUGGCCAAAAAUGCCCUGCUGGAAGCAGUUCUGCCAGAGCACUCAAUUUGGAGAUGCUUCUAGGGAAAAAGAUAGUUCAAUAACGAAUUUUUAAAAGAGUAAAACAAGUUCUUUUUUCCUCCUUGGCUAAUGGUGGUCUUCCCUGGGGCCCUCCCUGAGGGUUUGCCCAAGCUCUGUUUCUUCCCUAAGCAAGGGCAGAAUAAAAAUAGCUGAGGGCUAAUCUAAGAGAUAGCAGAGGGGUGGCUCAGCAGUGUUAUCAGGAAUGAAGGGCUGCAGCCUGGGGGCAAAGGGAGGGGGUUAGUGAUAUCACCCCCAAUGUCCCUUGGUUCCCAAUAGCAGGCCCAGGGCAACAUCCUGAGCCCUAGGACCCCUGGUAUUGGGCAAGGUAUUGGAUGUGUUACAACUUUAAUGGGCCAUAAUGCCACGUUCAAAAGUGUGGCCUUCAGUGGCAGAGACGCAGGUUCUCAUUAUACUCUUCCUGGCUGUAUGUUUCUGAGCAAGAGAAUACCCUCUCUGUUGUUUCCUGUCUGCAACACCAGGACAGCUGGACAGUAGCACCCUCUUAGGGGUACUGGGGGCUACCCCCACCCAGAGCUCAUAUGCUGCCUCCCAAACUGUUACCUUGAGGGCCGACAUCUUCACUUCCAAACAAAAGCCAAAUGGCCUUAUUCCCUCUUUCUCUUCUGGACCUAAUGUUGAGAAACUGCUUAGUAAAGAGGAGGAUGCUGGAGUGGCAAGGAAUCAGGACUCAAGCAGGAAUUAGAGCUCCUCACAUGACAAAGAGCUGAGGGCAGACCCUGCAAAAGGGCCCAUCUUUCCCAUGCUAGGGGGAAAGUCAGUGGGUGGAAUUAGCUCUAUGUGGAACAUCCUCUUAUCAUUAUUAAAUAUUUGUUUCCCCCUCACUCCCCCGUGGACUUGUUCACUGGCAGAGAGUUCUCCUAGAUCAAAUGGAUCCACAGGGUAGCAAAUGCAUAUGGACUGAGGCAUGAGCUAUGGCCAGUUUUAAUCUGUUAGCUUGAUUGGUACAAAAAAAAACCCC